AUGAAGAUGGCCCCUGAAGACCAAGUAAUCCUCAUCACAGGCGCUUCCGGCUUCUUGGCUUCCCAUAUUGUGGACUAUUUCCUUCGUGCUGGUUACCAGGUCCGGGGAACUGUUCGCUCUGUCGAAACCGCUAGAAAGGUCCAACAAGCUUUCUCUGGCUAUGCGCAGCAGUUGACACUUGCAGUUGUUGAGGAUGUUGCGACGCCGGGGGCUUUUGAUACCGCAGUGAGAGAUGUUCAUGGAGUGAUACAUACAGCCGCCCCAUUCCAAGUCUUCGGAGUCGAGGAUAAUGUGCGUGAACUGCUCAAGCCGGCCAUUGAUGGGACCCUCAACAUCCUCAAAUCUGUCCACGAAUUUGCUCCUCAGGUUAAACGCGUUGUCCUAACUUCUUCGUUUGCUGCUAUGGCAGACGUUACCAAAGGCAAGUGGCCUGGUCACGUCUACUCCGAGCUGGACUGGAACCCGACCCCCUACGAGGUCGCCGCUGCUAAAGGCGCUCCGGCGGGUUUGGCCUACACAACCGCGAAAUCGUUGGCUGAGCGGGCUGCCUGGGAUUUUGUUAAGAGCAACAAAGCCAACUUUGACAUCACGACAAUCUUGCCGCCUAUGAUAUACGGACCCAACAUAAACGCCACCGCCAACAUUGCCAAGCUGAAUACAUCUUCCAUGGAUGUUUACCGCCUAAUAUCGCCGCAGUCCAAGUCCAGCGACCCGGUUCCGGAGAACGUGUUUUGGUUAUUUGUGGACGUGCGUGACGUGGCUGAAGCACACUUGCGCGCUUACCAGGUGGCUGAGGCUGGUGGCGAGCGUUUCUUCAUUUGUAAGGGCAAUUUUACCUACCAACAGUUUGUGAACGCUCUACGGGCCAACCUGCCUGAGAUCAAAGACCGUGUUCCUGUGGGGAACCCUAGCGCGGCAGAAGUCCCCUCUGAUGUCUACACUGUCGACACAUCCAAAUCGCAAAGGAUUUUGGGUCUGAAAUAUCGUCCUCUGGAGGAAACCAUUGUUGAUGCCGCACGGUCUCUCCUGCAGCUAGAAGCUAAGAGUGUGUAG